AUGGAAACAUUGAACCCUUAUAACCACAAUAAUAAAUUAAAGCAGGAACUAAUAAAUAAAAGUGACAAUAUUGAUUUUUAUAAUCAAAAGUAUAGUGAGAGUUUGUCUACUAAUUCAAAAUAUAGCGUUAAUUCAUAUGAUAAAGAAAAAAAAUUUAAUGAGAAUGCACUAGUUGAUAUUUCUUUUGAAAAUAUUAAAACGAAAAAUUAUUUAGAAAAAAUGUACGAAGAAGAAAAAAAUGAAAAGCUUAUUAUUCCAGUAGAAAUAGAACAAAAUAAAAUCAUAAAUUUAAAUAAUGAUAAAUAUUAUGAAAAUAUAUGUAAGUUUCAUCGAAGUAACUUUUCUAGUAAGAACAAAGAUCCUGAGAAUUUCAUAAAAAGAAAUUUAUAUAUUAAUAAAAAGUCUCAUUUGGAAAUAGAUGAAGAAAAAAAAAAAAAUGUAUUAGAAAGAAAUGAAAAGUCUUUAAAAGAUCAAUAUGAAUCUCAUAUUAUAUCUAGAAAUAAUAUGACGAAAAAAUGUAAUAACUAUAUAUCAAAUGGAUGUAAAAAUAACACACAGACAGAAUCUCAACAGACAAUAGCAUAUGAUUCACAGCAAAAUUUAUUAGAUAUGUAUCAAAAUAAUUUUCACAUAAACUCUCAACAGACGUUAAAAUAUGAUUCAGAGCAAAAUUUAUCCCAUUUUUUUCCAAAUAAUUUAUGCACUAACCCUAAACCAACAUUAAUAUUUGAACCAGAAAAUAUUGAAUACAAAUAUCGACGAAUUCCAUUUAAUAAUAAUUCAAAACAGUUGAAUUUUCCUUAUCAUAUAAAUACAUUUAAUAAAUAUGAUAAAAAUUUAAUAAUUGAGGAUGAGCAAAUUGUAGGUAUUCAAAAUGAAGAAAAUAAUAUGAAAAAUGAAAAUAUACAAGAUUUGAAAGAUGAGUGUAAGCAAAAAAUAGAAGACGAAAAUGAACAAUAUAUAAAAAAUGAAGGUGAUGAAAUUUUAAUAAAUGGAAAUGAACAAAAUAUAGAUAAUCAAAGAGAUAAUAAUACUUCUGAUAUGUGUAAACAAAAUACAUGCAAUGCAUGUGAAAUAGAUUGGAACAAACAAUAUCUAAAUAAUAUUUAUAAUUCUUAUGAACAAAGUAGGAGAGAGCAAGAGCAACAAAAUUCAUUAAAUUCGUAUGAACAAAAUUUUCAAAAUAUGGGAAUAAAUAUAGGAAACAUAAAUAAAAAUAAUAUAUAUAAUAAUCAAAUAACAAAUGGAUUAAAUAAUGAUCAAUUAUAUUUCAACAAUCAAUUAAAUGAAAGAGGCUAUUAUAAUAACUACGGAAAUUCUCAUCAAAAUAAUUCCUUAUUGUCAAAAAUUAAAUUGCAGAAUAAUAUUCAGGAAUCAUUUAUUUUUAAUAACAUAAAAUGUAAUUCAAACGAACAAAAUAAUGAAUCAAGUGACGGGUUAAUGACAAUAAGAACAUUAAAUAUGAAUUCUAAUAAUAAAAAAAUGAAAGAAAAUCAAUUAAAGGGAUUAAAUGAUUUAUGCACUACUAAAUCUGUUUUUUUAAAAACAGAUAUGCAUAACAAUAAUGAUGCACAAAAUUUUAAAAACGACAGCGUUUAUGAUAUGAACAUAAAUGGUUUAAGGAAUAUUAAUGCUUCUUUUUAUGAAAAAGAAGUUCCAUAUCAAAUGAAUACUAUUAAUAAUACUUUCACAAAUGAACAAGAAAACACCUCGACUGUGCUACAGAAUUAUAGUAAUAAAAAUUAUAAUUUUGAGAACGGUCAGAAAUAUCUAAAUGGAAAGCAAUAUCUAAAUAAAUAUGUAGACAAUCAUUAUAAAUUGGAAGAAAUAAAAAAUUGUAUGCCUGAACCAACUUUAUACACGAAACAAACUUUUGAUAUCCCUCAGAUUAUUCAAGGGUUAACUACAAAACAUAAUAAUGGAAUUGUAUCAGAAUGCAAUCAAGAUACUAUUAUAGAAUAUGAUAAUAAAUGGAGAUUAGUUCAAGGGAAGACAUUCUCAAUAAAUCAGAAUGACAACUUUAAAUCAAUAGAAGAUUCAGCAGAAGCUUUUCAAAAAUAUUUAGAUAAACAAAAUGAAAAUACAAAAAAAAUGCUUAUCAAUAGCAAUUUUAAUUCAUUAACAGGGAAACUAGUAAUAAAUCCGACUUAUGAUGAAAAUAAAAAUAAUAUGAAUAAAGUUCACGAUUAUAAAGAUACACUACAUGCUUACCCCAGUUAUUAUAAUAUACCUAGGAAAUGUGAACAAAAUGGAAACAUAGCAGGAAAAAAUAAUACGAAAGAUAUAGAAGAUAAAACAGCAUUUAACAAAAAUGAAAAUAAUGAUUAUAAUAGCAAAAAUGAGAAAUUAACUAAGAAAAAAACAAUGGUAAAAAAACAAAAUUUAGCUUUAUGUGGUGAUUAUUUACUAAAACAUAGAAUAAAAGAUCUCAUAUCAGUUAAAAUGAAAGAUUAUUUUAACAUAAACUUAUUUAAUCAUUAUAUGUGA